AUGUAUACUCUCCGCGCUGGGCUGAGGUCUGCCGGUCGAGCAACUCGACCACUUGCGACACCAAGGCCCCAGUUCCAGCGAGUUCCGUCCUUCCACCCGCGCCGUUCGAUCUACCAGCGUCCACGGUAUAGACGAUUCGAUGACAAGAGGGGAGGUCAGAAACAGUGGGACAAUUACCAGGGACAAUGGAGCAACUUCGGCCCUGUAUACCGGGCUCAAUAUCUCUGGAGAUCCUAUCAAAAGCCCAUAAUCAUCGUCGGUACCGGAGGUGCUGUCUUCUACGUUUACAACCUCGAGGAAGUUCCGAUCACGCACCGUCGGCGGUUCAACAUUCUGUCACCAGAAAGUGAGAAGGGAAUUAGCGAAGGCACGUAUCAAACGACCCUUGAGCAAUUCAAAGGCCGAAUCCUGCCUGCGAACCACCCUGUGACGAAGCAAGUGGCACGGGUGGUCGAACGGCUUAUUCCUACGACAGGUGGUCUCGCCGGUGAUGGCUGGCGAGUGCAUGUUAUUGAGGAUCCGAGUAUGGUGAAUGCAUUUGUCAUUCCCGGAGGAAAGGUGUUUGUCUUUACAGGCAUCCUCCCAGUAUGCGAGAACGAAGCCGGACUCGCCACGGUCCUAGGUCAUGAAAUCGCCCAUAAUGUUGCCCAUCAUGUAUCGGAAAGGCUGUCAAGGUCUAGCUUGACUCUGAUAGCUUCCAUGCUCUUCACCCUGAUAUUCCAGGUCGACACUCGGGUGUCGAACUCUGUCUUCGACCUGUUGCUUUCACUUCCCAACUCGAGGACUCAGGAGACCGAAGCGGAUCACAUCGGCUUGCUCAUGAUGGCGGAAGCCUGCUAUGACCCACGCGAAGCUCUCGCAUUCUGGGAAAGGAUGAAGAAGACGGAGAAGGUUGCACCGCCGCAACUCCUGUCUACGCAUCCGAGCUCUUACAACCGCAUCGACCAUAUCAAGAAAUGGCUACCGGACGCCCAGAACAUCUAUGUCGAUACAGGCUGUGGUGGCCUGAGCCACUUUGCAAAUGACUUCAGGCAGACAAUGCGGUCACAACGUCCAAAGAAUGUCCAGGUACAAGUGAAGCCAGCGUGGAGGGGCAAGACGGAUGACGACGACUUCUUUUAA